CAUUGAGUACAUAUGAUUCAAAAAUGAGAAAACUGACUAUGGCAAACAGAUGAAGACCUAGUUACGGAUCGUGGCUAUUCCUACCUGAGCUUGAAAUGAAGCAAGUUUACUGCAAAAGCUUCUGCACGUGCCGCUGGAGUGAGCGGCGUGAAGGUCUUCGCAGCCACUUAUGAAGUUAAGACGCGAACCGGAGGUUCGAACACAUACAGUACAGUACGAUUUUGGUAUCGCCUAGCACCGGCCAUGACUUGAUCGGCGCCACAACUGCCACCACUACCAUGCUCCGCCGUCUAACGCCCGCACUGAGGCCUGCUUUGCCGUUGAAAGCCAGUCCCCUCCCACCCGGUUUUCUCGCCAUCAUACCCCUCCCAUUCCCCGCCCGGUCCAAAAGCAGCAAAAGCAAGAAACCCGUUCCAACCCUCUCAGCCUCGGAAACACCACCCACAUCACCGCCACCCGGGCCACCCACACCCGUAACCCCACCGCCAACCCCCUUCCGCACAACCUUCGACUACAAACAGAAAAUACACUGGUACCCGCAACACCAGUCCCGCGCACUCCGACAACUCCGGAAUGGGAUACACCAGAUUGACGUUGUGGUUGAGGUCCGGGACGCUAGGAUUCCGUUGACGAGCAGGAAUCCGAAGUUUGAUGAGGUUCUGGCGAGGAGGCCUAGGCUGGUGGUUUACAAUAAGGCAGAUUUGGCGAAUCCCAAUAUGAAGAAGAUCAUUAUAGAAGGCUUCAAGAGAAACUCGGCGGAUCCAGUGAUCUUCACACAGGGAACAAAAGACGAGCAUGCAAAGCGGAUUUUGGAUUGGGCAUUAGGUGCGCACUUUGAUACAAAUGCGGAGAAGAACAUGCCAGGGAUGUGGGCGUUGACUAGGCUCUUGCUGUUCGUAGAAAAAUAUCGCGAAGCGCCGCAUAGAUACCCUUACAUGUCGAUAGUGAUUGUCGGCUUACCCAACGUCGGCAAGUCCACCAUUAUCAAUUCGCUGCGGCGUUCGGGCGUGUCCAAAGGUAAAGUCAGCGCAGUAGGACCCAAAGCAGGCGUAACCCGCGCGAUUCAAAUGCGGGUCAAAAUCUGGGAAAAGCCGCCGAUCUACCUCGUCGACACCCCCGGUAUCUUCGACCCGCACAUCUCGCACCCGAUGCAGGGGCUGAAGAUUGCGCUGACGGGCGCGACGAACGAUCGGUUGACGGAGGAGCAGAAUGUUGCGGAUUAUUUGCUGUUUAGACUGAAUAAUUCGGGAUUGAGGGAGAAAUACCCACCCCUCCUAAACCUAACUCACCCCACCGACUCCAUCUCCUUUCUCCUUACCCACAUUGCCCUCACCCACAACUUCCUCCUCUCCACCCACUCCCACUCCUCUCUUCCCCCACCCCUCCCUACCACGACCACCACCUCAACAUCCCCCUUCACCCUCGCCUUUGACGAAGACGACCUUACCCACUCCCACCUUACGACGGAUACCCCCUCUUUGACCACUCCGAGGAAUGCGGAGGGGAAAGAGUUGGAUAUACCGCGGGCGGCGAGGUACUUGAUUGGGUUGUUUAGGGAGGGAGUUUUUGGGGGGUUGACGUUGGAUGAGGUGAGUAGGGAGGGGAUGGAGAGGUGGAUUAGGGGGGAGGAGGGGAAGGAGGAGAUAGGUGGGGAGGAGGGGCGGGGGGGAGGUGUGGAAGUUGUAGAGCGGGACAUGUAG